CUCCAUUCCUACUGGCGUGGGCUGCAUGGAUUAUAUUGCCAUUUGAUACUCGUCUAUCGGAGCACUGCACCCUCGUUCCUCCAUCAUGUUCAAGAAGAAGCCCACGAUCAAGAACCUUUCUCCCCUGCGGUCUUCCGACCGUCGGAAGAUUGCCGAUCAGAUAAUCAGAGAUUACAAGAUCGAGGUCCCGCAAAGUGCGCCAGUUGAAACCAGCGGCGACGACUCAGCUCCAGGCGCAUCCAACUCAACGGCGCCAAACCUCACCUCCAUCCGAAAUGCCUUACUUCCCGAGGAUUGCUUGACCGCACGCUUUACUACGACCGCCGGGCCCCAGCUUCGCGAAGUACAAGGGACAGUGUAUGUUGGAACACAUCCGGGGGCCGACGAAAGGAUCCUGUGGUUCAGAGUCGACCAUGGGCCCGGCGCCGAUGGACGCCUCUACCCUACGGUAUAUACACUUUGGCACAACCCAGAUCUGGUGCCACUGCUCCAUACUCCACAAAUGGUCAUGCAGAAACUGCACGGAGGAGCAGACCUGAUGACUCCGGGUCUGGCCAAUGACCCGCCUUUCGACGAGCGUGCCGUCAAGGGCGCAGUGGUUGCUGUCGCUAGUCUGAACAGGCAUACGGUACCAUUGUUUGUGGGCGUGUGUGAGAUUGACAUCUCUGCACUUGGAGAGGUUCAGGGUACGAAGGGACAUGCUGUUCGGGGUCUGCACUGGGAAGGCGAUGAGUUGUGGGCUUGGAGCUCGUCUUCCAAGCCGGGUCAGCCCGCUCCAGAAUAUCUAGAGGGGUGGGAUGAUGAACUGGAAGAGGACGAAGAUGUAGGAGAGAUUGAAGAGGGAGUGCAGGGCCUAGCAGUAGGAGGUGACGAUGCAGUUCAAGCAACUGGAGGCGAGGAAGCAUCAGAUGAGGCGCCUGAUGUCCCGCAGGAGGAGGCACCUGAAGUUGAAGAGAAGGAGCCCACAACCAAAGAGAUUGACGAGGCUUUCGAAAAGGCCUUCCUCUACUCCCUCUACAAGCUCAAGCAAGAUAAUCCAUCUGCUACCAACCACGGUCUAUCUCUACCUGUCCAACCAUCUGCUCUGAUAUCAAACAUGAUCACACCCCACCUGCCCAUAUACACUGCCAAGCAAGCCCAAUACUAUCAAAUCAAGAAGACCAGCUGGAAAAAUGUGAAAAAGUUCAUCAAAUAUCUGGACAAGCAGCGCCUGGUCAAGUCCAAAGACCGCAACGGCCAAGAGACCGUCAUCCUCGACGUGGACUUCAACGACCAUCGUGUUGAACAGUUCAUCCCUUACAGACUCCCAUCCAAGAAUACCGUUGAGAACGCAGGAAAGCCUGCCACUCAGGCAAAUAACGCCAAAACCGCAUCUACACAGAGCGGUGACCCCUCAGUCGGCCAAACCCUGACCGUGCAGACUGUAUAUCGCCCAACCAACAAACUCACGCCAACCAUCUUCCCUGCUCUAUCCAGCACCCACCCCAGCAACUACUACAAGUACACCGACAUCUCCACUCACCUCGACCAAUACAUCCAAUCUCAAAAUCCCCCACUCGUCGACCCCAAAAACAAACGCAUCAUCACCCUCAACCCCUACCUCGCCAACACCAUCUUCACCUCUUCCUCCGCCGAUGACAAAAGCACUCUCGCCCGCGGCAAGACCACCCGCGACGGCCUCCUCAAGCGUCUCAUCGAUGACCACUCCCUCAUGACAGCCCACUACGUCAUCCUACGGCCAGGUCAAACCCUCUCCGACGUGAAGCCCAAAGCAGGCGCCGCCCCCAAGGUCAACGUAAUUCUCGAACGCCGCACCGGCUCCAAGACCGUCACCAAGGUCUGGAACCUCGAAGUGUUCGGCAUCAUCCCUAGUCUUCUGGCCGAAGAGCUGCAGAAGAAGUGUGCUAGCAGCACCAGCGUGACGCAGGCUACUGGCGCGCCGAAGGGCGUUAUGGAGGUGCUUGUCCAGGGAGACCAGCGACGCGCGUUAGAGACGGCGUUGGUGAGACGUGGGUUGAGGACGCAGUGGAUUGAUGUUGUGGAUAAGACGAAGAAGAAGAAAUAAGCAAUCGGGAUAAAAAGGGCUGAAAGAGUGAUGGUUUUACAUAUGUUACCGUUCUAUACGUGCAGUAGUUGAUGGAUAUAUGUGCAAACCUGGCUAUUGCCCUCGAUAUCUCUACUACUUGGAAGGAACUCAAGUAAUGUAGCUCUGGGUAUCACUAGUUGUGCACUGCAUUAGUAUAGGGUGCUGCUGCUAAGCAUUGUAAUUCCAUCAUAUAACCAGUCGCAAUUUUGCUUACCUAGUUCUGUUUCUAGCCUUGUCAUGGAUUCUUUACAAUGGCAUACUCACCAGCCAGAAAGAGGAAACUAAAUGGUAAAGAUGGAUUCCAGAACAUUCUAUUUCGAGUAUCUAGAAUGUAAUAUCCACCGAAGAAAGAAAACCGAUCAAUAAGAAUAACCCUUAAAAGGAGAAAAAAAAAAUAAUGAAAUUAUACAACGCCAUUAUGGUACUAUGGUCUUCAAAGUCCGGGGGUAGUAAUUCGAGCCAAAGUCAUGCUUUUUGUAUCCCAUCCCUUAUUCCCAUUUUCUCUCGAAGCAACGAAUAAAUAAGCAACUGUUGUCCUUGAUGAGAAUUGCAACUUUUCGUUUUUUUGAUUUAGAUGACGUUAUUUCGUUUACUCCUUGGCGUCCACCUUCUUGGCCGGGUG